ACAGUUUUUCUCGUUGAAAUAAUCAAUAUAUAUAUUUAAUUCAACGCAAUAGUAGACAUUUGUAGAAUAUAAGCUGCAACUAUAUAUUUUAAGUUUAAGUUUUAGUAAUUUAAAGCUUUCAUAAGCUUGUUUACCGACCCGUAACGAUAAAAGUAGUUAGUGUUCAUUUUAACUCGUUUAAUUAAUAAAGCAACUUUCUUUUCGAAUAAAAUGAGUACCAUAGCGCAACAGGAAAGCCUUAUUAAGGAGAGUUUGUUUCAUUUUAUCACGAAAAAUAUCCCUACGGCUAACAUUAGUGUUAUAGAUGAUAUAGCCCUUUCUUAUGUUAUUUCUAUAAUAGAAUCAGCAUCUCAGGACUCUUGCUUCGAUAUUGAAGGUUUUAUUGAAUUUAUGUCUGCAUACAUUCCUGACUUUGCAAACAUUGAUGAGGGUGUGGUGUGCUCGUGGCUGAUGGAGCUAGAGGCCGAAGUCUCUCAGCAUGAUGAGAGUGAUAGCAACUCUGCUCAUGAUGAUUCGGCUGGCAGCGACAAGAUAAGUCUUACUUUGCAGAACAUCAGCGAACUUCUACCGACCGGUACGAAGGCUAGCCGGUCACAUUCUAGCUCUGAAAGUUCAGAAUGCUCUACGCGUCGUGCUCCCAUGGACACGGAGGAGUAUUCCGAACAGGUCAACAUGCUUAUUGAGAUGUUCCCCAACACCUGUACUAUGGAGAUAAAGCAUUGCGUCUCGAUUGCAAAUGGCGACCCUGAACGCGCGGCGGCGACUCUGCUGUUGCGUCGCGAACAAGGCCAGUCGCUUUCAGCCACUGUCCUCCACUCAGCAGCCAAGCAGCCACUGGUGGAUGAUCAUGAGAUCAAGAACAGGAUCAUUGCAAGAUAUUCUUACGUGGAUAAAGACGCAGAAAUUAAAGAGCAUAAGCCGUUGGCGCCAAAAAUUGAGCCGAGGAAGAUGGUUCGCUACAGGGAUAAUAAGAUUGUGUCUCUGAAGGGGGAACGAUAUACUGAGGUACCGAAGUCUGGCGCUGAAGAGGAGCAGUUGAAGAAACCCAAAAAACAACAUUGCCCUUAACCUUUAGAACCAUGUCAGUACAGUGAAAAAGCGGAUACUAAACGAAGUACCGCUCAAUCCUUGUCCUCUUGUCUCUUAUUAGUACCUCAUCCUUCGUGCCCUGUAGAUGUGACGCGCCUGCGUCAAAGUGUGUCAAAAUCUCGUCAAAGUGUGUCAAAACUGUGUGAAAAUCUGUCAGAGUUGGCAACUUUGCCACAACCGAGCGGUCUUUUGCUCGGCUUCUGUUUAGUUUCUGUUUUUUGUACAAUUUUUUCAGUAUUAAUUUAUUUAAUGUCAGAUUUGUGUGAAAAUGUGACAAAGUAUUUUGUCCGCGUUCACAUUAUGUUGACAAGGUCACAACGUACAAAUGAAAUCUCUAGCAUUCCCACGGCUUCGGCUGUAUUGCUCAAAGAUAAAAAUAUGCUAAGCAGGUUAAAUCCAAUAUAUUGGGUUGUGAAUACGUAUAAAUUCUUUAGUGAUUUUACGCGUUUCUACGUGUCUUUGACGCGUUUUGACGCCAUUUUGUCGACACUCGCGGCGCAUCUGUCCUUUCGUGUAAGUGUUAGUGUAGUUUUAGCGCGUGAUUCGCACACACAUAUGAUUUCUUCCGCUUUUUCAAGUACUGAUUUGUUACCUUGUGUUAGUCGGCAUAUACGACUUAAUUUCUGUGUACUAUUAUUUCGCGUGUUUAUUUCUAGGCUCUCUAAAAGGCAGCUGGUUUGCAGUAUUAUUAUUACAAAUAGCAACACUAUGGCAUCAUUAGAUAUAGGCGAGCGUAAAUGUGUUCAAAUCUAUAGGGAAUUUAUAGUAACAAAUUGUCUGGGAUCUUUUAGACUGUGCGAUGCCAUAGGUUACCUUAUUGACAGAGAGUGCUGCUUGAACGAAAAUGGCGGGAGUUUUACCACCGUCCGCCAUUUUCUUUUCGUGCGCGGCCAUUUUGUAUUCCUUAUAGUUUUAAGCGUUCUCACACCUGUGAUUUUUAAAUAUAAUUUUAUUAUAAAUGUGAUUUAUAUGAUAGUUUUAUCGUUUUUAUAUACGUCUGUGAUUCUGAUGCCAUUGAAUUUAAUUAUAGACCCUGUGAGUGGUUGUUGUUUAUGUUUUUUAAUUUUAGUAUUUGGCAAUUUCACGUUUGCGCCGUUUUGGUGUUAAUGAUUGAAUUGUCGCUUAGAUUAUAUGCGUGUUAGUGAGUUUGAUUGUAAUCACAAACACUAUACAGGAUGUAUGAAAUUAAACAGAAAAGCAAGUUUAAUAACUACAGAUGUUUAGUAAAAUCAUCUAAAAUGAUGCUUGGUUACUUGAACUUAACGAGUUGUACAGGCUGCAAUCGUUAAGUGUGACCAGGCUAUUAUUCCGAAACUAUUACAAACAUCAAAAUACUUUAAACUGAUAUUCAAAGAUUAUUACCUCAUCAUUAAAAUGAAAUCAAUAACUUAUUUUAAAUCAGUUUCUGAUAUUAAACGUUUUGUAUGGGAUUAGUAGAAAAGUUUUAAUUUCCUUAUUAAGUAAUAAAAAUACCUUUUAAUUGAAUAAUAUAUAUUUCUUAGUACAAAAUUUUGUAUUCGAAGCGAAGUCCAUGUUAUCAUUAUCAUGACCUUUCUACUAAUCUCAUACUAAAUGUAUGGGAGUGUUUUAUAUCAAAAUAUUGGAUUCUCGUUUGAAUUUAAAAAGUUAUUGAUGUAAUUUACUGAUUAGUUAACGUACUUUCGAUAUCAGUUCAAGGUUUUUGUUUAUCAUAAUACUUACGAAGUAAUUACUGCCUGGUCACACUUAAAGAUUUAUUUAUUUAACUCGUUAAGUUUAUCUAGCUGUAUAAACUUACUUCUAAAGGCAACUUUGAAUACCAAUCUUCUAGUCCCGUAAUGUACAAUCACAGAUAUAGCCGAAUAUAUGAACGGAUUACAAUUCAAAUAGUAAAAAAGAAAAGACACCAGAGUAACUUUCAAGACAUUUCUUUACAUUUGACAUCUGUCAAACUCUGCACUUAUAACGGGUUGACAUUUUUGGUUUGCGCGUUGUUUAGACGUCCGUCGUUUGAAUUUCUGAUAUUAGUGCUCAAGAUCAAGAUAGUUUCACAGGUUUGAAUAGCUGUUACAUUACAAUGGCGGCUGGAAAACUUAGCUCUGAUUGGUCAGCGCUGACGAAUUCAUGGCGGCUCGAAAGCUUAGAUCUGAUUGGUCAACGCUGACGAAUAGAAAUUCAAAUUGCAUAUCAGAUUGUUGAAUGUAGUCGUUGUAAUCUCGUUACGCAAUUAAUUCACUAACACGUAUAGGAAUAAUGUGAUUCAAAUUGAGGCACGAUUUCUCCCAAGGGGUAAUAAUAGUUCUGCUUCGAUAAAAUUGUUCGGAUUUUUUUAUCUAUCCCAGCUCCCACUCAAGAAUUGGGUGCUCUUCAUAUUUGUUUCCGCUCUAUUGCUCGAACCAUAGAUAAUUUAUACAAACACUGUUGGUUUCGGUAAACAUAUUUUUUUAUUAUAGUAAUAGUGAAAGGUUUGAUCGUAUUUUAUUUUAGAUUAGGUACUUUAUCUCUCUUUAGUCGCGCGCUCAAAGUUAAGCUUUGUGGUGGUUCCGAUAUUUAUUUUGGAUAAUCGCCACUUCCGCUGAUUGGUUGUGCGACAUAAUUUUAUUGGGCUUCCACCUUUGGGCCAUCUCGCUGCCAUUUUUGAAGUGAAACUUCUUUUUCGACGUAUGGGAGAUAUUUUAUAGCAAAUCGUCACGAUUUUCGGUUACGCGCCAUCUUGUUUUUAUUUUUUUUUUAUAUUAAUAUUUAAUAUUUUAAAGUUCAGAGAAAGCUUAUAAGUAAUAAUAAUACUAACAUCGAAGAACCAAACUGGUGGUCUAGUCAGUAUAAUGGGGGGAAUUUUACUUCUCAAUGCUGGUCAUCUUUAGACACCGUAGAAGCCAGACUUCGAGAGUUGAAUAUUUAUUAAUUAAAUAGAUAUCCCAUCCCCCAAGUCUUCUGCUACCAUAAACAUUGGCAAUGAAAAUAAUAAAAUGAUUUUUAGUCACAAUGAGCUCCUAUAGAUUGUCUGCUGGUUUUCGUGCGUUAUGCUGAAGUUAUACGGUAUGUACUUCGGAAAAGUUGAGUGUUUAAAAGUUUCCGUAUAUAAAGCGCACUGCAGUACCGUACACUAAAAAGCGAAGAAUUUUAUCGAAGCCUAACUACAGCUUAGCCAAGCUAAGAAUUUUACUUUGAUAGAAAAAUUUUCAAACAGACUCUGCCCGAAUCUUUUUGUUUUAAGACUUUUACUAUAUAAGAACUUACAUAAUAUAGUCUUAUAUGUCAUACGGGCAGGAGUCGUUUGAAGUUUCGUUUUGUUUUAGUGAAAAUAUUAAUGCCAAAAUUGGUGCUAAUAAUAUCGUUGUAAAUUGCCAAAUUUAAGUAUGAUAAUAUAUUAUUAAAUUAAAUGUACACUGCAUUUAUUUGUCUUGCCAUAUUAAUGAAUUUAUUUACUGUAAUAAUUAUUCUAACUGAAUUAUUUAUAUAAUUAUUUAUUUCUUAUUAAGUACUUUGUUGAUUAAAUUAGUCUAAAUUAAAAUGAUGCGCCAAGUAUAUUUUGGAUUUCUUAGUUUAGAUGAAAGUACAUUACACAAAUCGAAUUAAUAUUUUUAUGAAAGUAAAAACUUGAAAUGUAUACGUUAGUAACAUGCUCAAAACAACUCUAUAAAUAAUAUGGUUACCUAAAAGUAUAAAAAAAUAACUACUUCUUAUUUUCGUUACAAUAUACAAUAUUUUGUAACAAUAGCGACAUUCAAUGAACGCAAUGGUAGAGCUAUUUAAGUAAAUCAAUUUUCCAUAAUAUACAGGCCGAGAAGUUGACGUCCAAAGCUAAAAUUUGAAAGCCUCAUGGUGAUGAGUAUCCGAAUCACCCCUAUGUAUAUUCUACGAUUUUGUGUAUUUUAGGAGAUAAUAAAUUUUUUCCCCAUUUAUCCGUUUUUGUCACCUAAUUGUGGUUUAGGAAUUUUUUCUAAUUUUUUUGAACACUUUUAGUUGAUUUUAUUGUUGAUAAUUAUUAACUACAGUUGCAAUAACCACAUAAGAACCUAUGAAUAGUUUAGACAAUGCGGAACUAGUUUAGAAUUGAGUCGUAAGUUCAAGAUAACUGCUCCAGCUAAAUUCAUGAAAAUGUUAAGGUAUCAAAAAAAAAUGGGGAGCCUAUGGCUUUUAACUAUUUUUAAAAACUUCCCAGAACAUUGGCCAAUAAUAUGCUUUAGCUUUGGACGUCAACUUCUCGGCCACCCUGUAUAUACUAAAGAAUUGGAAUAUUUCCAUAAUAUAUAUAUUACAGAACAUCCUGUAAGUAAUCUAGUAGCCGCGUGUUAUUAAGGCACUGAAACCCACUUGGCCCACGCUCAGGCGUAGCCGUUUAGAUCUCGUAGGGGUGUAGCGCUCACAGAAGGUUGAUUAAAAUUUUGUUUUUUAACUAAAUAAUUUGUUUAUUUAAAAAUAUCAAUUAUGAUUUAUUUUUUUAUGAUAACGGUUGUACCCGCGUGUUCAUUAGGUGUCGCCAUUGUAGGGCUUCACUGUAUAUGUCUGGCAACAAUUCUUAUUACAAAUGUACGUAUAUUUUUGGAUGCAACUCAUUUUGACUUAGACCAUGUCUGUAAUCUCGCGAUUCAAUCUGAUUUUUUUGUGCCUCAUUUAUAAUUUGACCAAAUUUAAAUAAAAUGAACAAAGCUUAAAGGACAAUUUGACAUUAAUUUGGGCAAAUUAUGAAGUCGUUGUGGCAACACUGACAGUUUAGUAGAAUUAAGUUUAUGAUAUCAUAUAAGUGUAAAUGUAAUAUUCAAAAUGGCGCCCACAGCUUUUUAUGUUGUCGGAUGAAGCCAUUACUAUUUUAAGUUUUUUUUUCUUAGUCUUAUCCUAUUAAGUAACACUAAUAAUAUUUAUAAGUUUACCAAAUGAUCGAACAUUAUACGAAGCAUGAAUUAUUAAGGAAAAGAUAUAUUAUGAUGCAUUUCCCAGUUAAUAUUUCUUAAUAAUUAAAAACCCAAUCAAAUAUUAUCUGAAAUACUUCCGCCUGAAUUUGACAUAUAGUAAUGGUUAUAGAGACCAAAAUAGAAUAUUUUAUAAUUAAUAAUUUCAGUUGACCAUGUAGGUAAGUUAUAGAAUAGAAGAGGGUUAAGGCUAAAAUCUGACAUUUGGAUCUUCUUAAAUUUAAGUUCUUCUGACUGACAUGAUUUGACAGCUGUCAGUGUUGCCAACACCCUGGCAUCAAAAUCACAGAUGACACAUCGUAAUAGCCGCAUUUACUUUAUUUGUAUUAAAUUAUUUGAUUUGUAGUUUAGUCUAGUUUUGCGAUGAGCGCGCAUUUGUCAUAUCCAAUAUGGAGCAUUGUACCAAUAUAUCUUUAACCCUU